ACGACCGCUGCGUCAAUGUACCGUCCGCAGAGACGCAAAUCUACCGCAUUUUUAGACCGCAUUUGCGUCGGACGGUUCAAUCACUAUGCGUCGUCCCCCGCUGCUGGAGCGGUUACCAGACACCCGCGCGGCGUCGCCCCGUUGGAGAUGCGGGAUGAAGAACUUGUAUUCCAGCAUUCAUCUGAGCCGUCGAUUUUAACAUCAGACGGCCAUCCUAAACCAGCGUUGCCUCGACGCCUCGUAGGGUUCAACCAGCCAGCGUGUUCGGCCCGGCGGCUAGCCAUCAGCGUCGUUGCCAGAAGAACCCGAGCAACCCCACCGGCCGCCAAGCAGAGCGCACGCACCUCCGGCGCGGCGGCGAUGUCAGACGACGUCGCGCCGUGCACCGCCUUGGCCUACCUCGACCCCUCCUACUGGGACCAGCGGUUCGGGAAGGAGGAGCACUAUGAGUGGUUGAAGGACUUCUCCCACUUCCGCCACCUCCUCUCCCCGCUCCUCUCCCCCUCCAUCUCGGUUCUCGACGUCGGGUGUGGCAGCUCGCGGCUUGGAGAGGACCUCCUGCGGGAGGGUGUCGCCGGCGGCAUCACCUGUAUUGAUCUCUCGCCGGUCGCCGUCCAGAGGAUGCGCGACCGGCUGGCGGAGCAGGGCACCAGUGGUGUGGAUGUGGUGGUGGCGGACAUGCUCGACAUGCCAUUCGAGAGUGAGAGCUUCGACCUUGUGAUUGAGAAAGGAACCAUGGAUGCGUUGUCUGUGGAUAUUGGUGAUCCGUGGAACCCCAAUCCUACAACAGUGGAUAAUAUAAUGAAAAUGCUUGAAGGUAUCCACAAGGUUUUGAAGCCAGACGGCAUAUUUGUAUCCAUUACCUUUGGACAGCCACAUUUUCGUCGUCGAUUUUUUGAGGCACCUGGGUUUACAUGGUCUGUCGAAUGGAGCACCUUUGGUGAUGGCUUCCAUUACUUCUUCUACACCCUUCAGAAGGGCAAGAGGUCACUAGAGCCCAGUGGUCACCAAGACAAGUUGCUUGCUCCUCCAAGCAUUAACAUGCUUCAUGAAGAGCUCGAAAGUGAGGAUUACAUAUUUCGCACAAAUGUUGAAGAGUUAUAAGCAGUAACUCAACAAAUGAAUGUGUCGGUAUGGGGGGUUUUGAUGCUACACAUGAAGGGACUGGAACAGUCAGCAACCCAGCGAGUGAUGUUUGUAAUUUAAGUGACAUAGGACAGAUGAAUUUACUAGCCUUGUUGUGCAGUGAUGUACCAUUGCCCAGGCUAGGUAUCUUCAUAUCAUCAUUAGUUCAGAACUGACCCACAACACUUGUUCCCAUUUUAGGGCCUUCUGGUAUUAUUUCGCCAGAGGUAUUAUUCACACUUGUGAAAAAGAUAAGACAUUCAUGUAUCUUAAUUGUUGACUCCUCAUGAAAUGGAUGAUCACAAUAGUCAGCAACUA